UAUUGAGGGCGGUGCCUACCUACUAGCUGCCGGUAGGCUGGGUUGUUGUUGUGUGUGUGUGUUGGGGGAAAAGUACUUAAAAAGUAGACAAACUACUCCUCUAAAAUGGGAACCCGAGAUGACGAAUACGACUAUUUGUUCAAAGUCGUGCUAAUCGGAGACUCUGGAGUGGGGAAGAGCAACCUGCUGUCCCGUUUCACGAGAAAUGAGUUCAACCUGGAGAGCAAGAGCACCAUCGGGGUGGAGUUCGCCACCCGGAGCAUCCAGGUGGACGGCAAGACGAUAAAGGCUCAAAUUUGGGACACGGCUGGACAGGAACGCUACAGAGCCAUCACCUCAGCGUAUUACCGGGGUGCAGUUGGAGCUCUCCUGGUUUACGACAUCGCCAAGCACCUGACAUACGAGAACAUUGAGCGCUGGCUGAAGGAGCUGAGGGACCACGCCGACAACAACAUCGUCAUCAUGCAGGUCGGAAACAAGAGCGACCUCCGUCACCUCAGGGCGGUGCCCACUGACGAGGCUCGAGCCUUCGCAGAAAAGAACGCUAUCUCAUUUAUUGAAACCUCCGCCUUGGACUCCACUAAUGUAGAAGAAGCCUUUAAGAACAUUCUCACAGAAAUCUACCGUAUCGUAUCUCAGAAGCAAAUAUCGGACAGAUCUGCAAACGAUGAGUCUCCAGGCAACAACGUAGUGGACAUAAGCCUCCCUCCAACCUCAGACGGCCAGCGGGGCAAUAAACUCCCCUGCUGCCAAAGCCUGUGACGCUCACGUUUCCUAUUUCCUGUUUGACUUUCUGUCGGUCUUUUCAUCUCUUCACCUCUGGUUCACUUCAGUUGUCAUGCUGCUGUCAGCAUGAUGCCCUCAUGGGUUCAAAAGUCUGUAACACCAGGACUCUUUGUACUUGACAUUCCUUUUUUUUUCUGUUUUACUUCUUUGUCUGUUUUUGUUCUGUUUUUUUCUUCCCUCUUAAUUCUCCAUUCUCCUGUCCUCAAGAAUUUACGGCCUCGUGAUAGUCUGCAGAAGGACAGAGUGUAAAGCUCUUCUGAGGUCGAUCCUUAGUUAACUAGCCUUUAUGGUCCCAUUGAGCCGCUCCUGUUGAAGGAAUGGUGAGGGAUCAGUAGACCUGUGCGUCAGCGCUUCAACUGGUUUGUCUCCUUUUCCUCGGCUUGCAAUGAUACAGACUCUUGCCACGAUCUGCUGCUACAGUGGAAUCCCAAUUUCAUGUCUGGUUGACCUGAUUCUGCUUGUCACGCAGUACGGGUGUAGAAGAGAUGAGAAGAAGGUACCGCUGGAGUAUUGAUGUGUCCUCCCGCUCUGUCUGGAGUUUCUAUUUGCCUCUUCGAUUUUAAUUUUCCUCUUCGAGCCCCGUGCCCACCGUGGCAUGAAAUUAGCAUGAGCCAGGGAUCAGACUGGCUGUGACUGUCUGACUUAAUAAGUGUAAGUGUGAAAGAAAUUAAUUGAUUUUAUUCGUCUGUUGUGUGUGUGUGUGUGUGUGUGUGUGUGUGUGUGUGUUAAUCUUGGUGCACAGAGAUACCAAAGUAGACGGAUGCAAUCUUAUCAGUUUUGGGUUUUCUCAUUUAAAGCGUGUUCAAGUUGCAUUUCAUUGCUGUAUUUGGCGAACCACUCCAUGCUAUUUGCUAAAGAUCUGUAAUGCUAAAUAGCAAAAAAUUAAUGUUAUGAAUUGUGGUGUGUGAUUUAUUAUUUGUGUGAUAAUACUAUCAGCCUGGAUCAAAGUUGGCUGAGGUCAAAAUUUUUCUUUUAACAAGCUGUCUGGAAAAUGAAAAUCUCUUUUGCACUUAUGUCCAAUCAUUUCAGUGGAACAAAUCAUCAUUUAAAAAAGAAAAAAACACUCAAACGUCAUCUCCCUGUUGGUUGUAAAGACAGAAAACAUCUGUUGUGUUCUUUUGUCUUAAACAUCAUUUUCCUCACAUGUACUCAUUCACCCUUUUUGUUUUCAUUUGAAUGUGACAUCUGUUAAAGGGAAAUGGAUAAAGAAGUGUGUAACCUGAGAUCAUUUAAAUGGAAAAUAAACCACUUAAAAAUACUCUUCAUGUAACACUUUAACUCCACCCAGCUGGGAAAGUGGAACUGAAAAUCAGAAAUGCAAAUUGUUUGUGUGCUUGGCUGAAAUGCCUCUUAAUCACUCGUGGGAGAAAUGCUUUCAUGCGUUAUUGAUUCAAUGAUAUUUCACAUUUCUUCAAAUAUAUGUAAAGGCAGCAAACUUGUUUCUGUUCAUUUUGCAUUACACACAAAAUACUGAAGCUGAAAAUAAACCUGGUUCACAUGACCAUACACUAUAGAAGACAGACUU